AUGUGUCUCUUAGCCGUUCCAUGGACCUACUCUUCGGAGAUCCUCUGGCCCACUACUUAUCCCAAGUGUGGAGAUCCUUACCAAUCGCCCAUUGAUGUAGUUGUUAAUGAGGUAGUCGCAGUUGCCUUCGACGAAAUAUCACACAAUAUCGGACUACUAUAUAUAAUAAAACUCCACAAUAAUGGCCGUUAUGUAACAGGGCAUUUGGAACUUGGACUACUGGAUACACCCACAGUCCGCAUUGGAAAUGGCCCACAAUAUAAAUUUGAUCAUUUCCGCUUCCAUUGGCGUAAAGAGGGCGCUCCAUCAUCGGAGAAUUCCAUUAAUGGCCGGCACUAUGAUUGUGAAUUCCAUUAUGUGUUCAUCAACGAAAAAUAUGUGGACUUCGAUGAGGCCACUAAUCAUGAUGAUGGGCUGUUAAUUAUUAGUGUUUUAUGCGUUAUAGAUGACUCCCUCAAAGAUAAAACAUUUUUGACAGACAUCUUGUUGGAAGUCGAAAAAAUCGCGAACUUUAACACAGAUGCAUAUACAGCUAAAGUUCCAAUCUUCGAUUUCAUUAAGGAUCUAUUGAAGGUAGAUUCUAGCCAUGCGUACUUUAAAUAUAGGGGUUCUUUGACAACACCACCUUGCGCGGGAGCCGAUAUUAUUCUUUUGAAAGAUCCAAAACAUAUUCAAAGAGUGGAGUAUGACGCUUUCCUACCCUUGGAAGAUGAAAAUAAUAAGCCGAUUUAUACAAAUGUACGUGGAAUAAAACCCAAAGACGGACGCAUAGUAAAC